AUGAUAUCUGCGCCGUCACCAUCAACACUAUCACCAUCCACAUCAUCUAUAUCACCGAGAUUUCCCUCUCCUUUAUCACCAUCUAAAUGUAAACUGUCAGAGUUUUAUAAAGUACCAUUGCGAGGCAGUCGCAUAAGUAAAAUAUCAUGCAAACGACGUGAGCAUAAACGAACUAUCGCUAAAUUGCGUCGUAUGUUACCGCAUGAACAAAACGUGAUACAUUGCUCAGAGUUGGAGCUUAUCAACCAUAUCAUCGAUUAUAUCAUUUCUCUUCAGGAGAUGUUACGAUCUCAAGAAAAUAUACCUGACGAGAAUCAUUCGACUAUCGAUAUUGUUAAUCUGAAUAGAGCACUGUCACGAUUUCAUUUAUGUACCAACAAACGACAACCGUUGAGGCCCAGCAAGCAAUUCUGCAUUUAG